CCAAACGUACCAGGAGGCUGGGGCUCCUGUGAGAAAGAACAGCAGCCACUAAAAUCGUUGGACUUUCAACACUCUGCUUAACGAGUUUGGAUUUGAUUUCAGAGACCAUUUUGGUGCUUGGAAUAAAUAUCUCCUCCUUUUCAUCUGCUGCAGCAAUGAAAGACACUUAAGCCUGUUCGCAGCGUUUCAAACAGUGAACGCAAAGGAUUGGAAAAAUAAAUUUCUUCAGUUUCUAUAAAAAAAAAAAAAAAAUCUUCUAAACAUAUCAAUGAGCGGUCCCCGAGAAGCUGACCCUGAGAGCGAGUCCCUUCUUCUGAAACGUGAUGGCUCCUCCUAUACGGAGGAAGCUACGGCAGGAGGAGGGGGAGCUUCUGGUGAUCUUACAGAGAUGGAUUAUGUAGACGCCGAUGUCUCAGUACUCUCCCAGUUUCACGAAGAUGCUCUGGCUCAGGCUGGUUUCGGGCUGUUCCAAUAUUUCCUUUUUCUGGUUUUGGGCCUGGGGCUGGCGGCCGAUUCCAUCGAAGUGUUUGUCAUCGCAUACGUCUUGCCCAGCGCGGAGAGAGAGCUUUGCAUGGACGACUCGAGAAAAGGAUGGCUGGCUGCCACUUCCUUUCUUGGCAUGAUGAUCGGCGGCCUGGUCUGGGGGAACUUGGGUGACAAGCUUGGCCGACGGAGGACCCUAGUGUCGGCCCUCACCACCAAUGCCAUCUUCGCAGUGGCCACUGCCUUCAUGCCCACUUACGGGCUCUUACUGCUCACACGAUUGGGAAGUGGAAUCGGGGUGGGUGGUUCCCUUCCCAUUGUAUUCACUUACUAUGGAGAAUUUCUAGUGAAGCGCCACAGAGGGCGCCAUUUGAGCUGGUUACUCACUUUCUGGGGAAUCGGAGGACUCUUCACAGCGCUCAUGGCUUGGCUCAUGAUCACGCAACCAGAGGCCGAGGGAUUAGGAACGCGUCUCAGUAGUUGGCGGGUAUUUCUGGUUGUGUGCUCCGCCCCUGCUCUUCUCACCGUCUUCGGACUCUUCUUUCUCCCAGAGAGCCCCCGCUACCUGCUGGAGUGUGGUCAAGAUGUCGAAGCCAUGUACGUUUAUCAGAAAGUAUUCCGGAUCAACCACAAGCAAAGCGAUGAAUAUCCGUUGAGUGAAAUGGAGCUUCCUGCUAGGCGGAGCUCCACCCCUGGACCUGGGCCUGUGGGCUGUCUCUCGGAUGCUCUAGAAGCCUUUGAAACAUUUUGGGGAUCCUUUAUGCAGAUUUUGUGGACCCCAUAUACUGGAAUGACCAUGAUACUCAUCAUAGUCUGGACGACCACCGCAUUCGGGUUUUAUGGCAUGUCUAUCUGGUUUCCGGAGUACGUGCGCCACCUGGAGAUCGAAAAGGACCAAGAUCGGGGGAACGUGACAGCCAAUGUUCACAUCGUCAAUCAGAAAUUCGGCGGUUUGCUGGAGGAUGUCCGUUUCGAACGUGUGAUCUUCACGAACAGUACAUUCGAAGAUGCCCUCCUUAGCCGAUGCAUCUUCGAGGAAUGCACUUUUGAGAAAUCCGCCUUCAGAAGAGUGAGGUCCUCCAAAACCUUCUUUUUAAAGUCCACAUUCAAGAAAGUCGACUUUGAGAGCACAGACUUGUAUGCAUUUCGGUUCAUUGAUUGCGUGUUUUUGAAUUCCUCAUUCCGAAAGACGGUAGAAGACGGUUGCGGCCUGGACUUGGACUUGACAACGGAUCUGAGUGACGUAUUCACGGAAAAUCUGAUUGCUCAGUCAGCCAUUAUUCCCGGGAGCAUCGUGUCGUCCUUCAUCCUGGACAAGUUUGGAAGAGUUAAGACUAUGGUGACGUCUCUAUUUCUGACAAGCGCGAGCGCCUUCUUUAUAUGGUUCUUGGACACCCGGACGACUGUGAUUGCUUUCGAGGCGCUCUUCAACUUCAUCUCCAUUUCCGGUUGGAACGCCGUUGACGUCAUCACUACAGAGUCCUAUCCGGCAACACUCAGGAGCACUGGCUACGGUUUUCUGAGCGCCGUAAGUCGUCUAGCAGCCAUCCUCGGCAACCUGACCUUCGCCCACUACAUCAGUGUUUCCAAAGCCCUUCCCGUCCUGACCACAGCCACCGUCCUCAUGGUGGGAGCUCUGGCCGCCCUCAAACUUAAGGAAACAAAGGACAACCUCAUGUGAGAGUCGUGACAACAUACGCAACAUACCUGAGAUCAUACAACAUGCGCAAGAUCUGUUGAGUGGAAGCACCGCUUUUGUAUAUUUGUGUGAGCCAGUUUUGGCUAAAGGACAUCGGUGUACGUGAGACAAAAAGGGAUCUUUGGAUCACAAAGGACUUAGUUUGUCUUCAAAGAAUCGUUGUGUUGCAAAUCUAUGUGAAAAAUCCGAAAUACAGAGAUAUUCACCCUUGCUUUAGCUAAAAUUCAUCUGCAGGUGCCAGUCGUAGUAAAUAAGAUGUCUCGUUGCUUUUUCCGGAUCAUGCAAUGAAGCUGUAUGACAUAUCCUCCAAACAAAAUAGCUUCUGGUUUUGAGUUUGAAAAAAAGGAAAAUGGUCAAGAAAGGUUUAUUUGUCUCAGAUAAUAACUGUGGAAGUAUCCAAUGGAGAUGUAAAAAAAGAAGAGCGAAUCUCUCGCGGCUUCAAACGAAGAUUCAAAUCCUUCUCCCGUAGUCUCAGAUAAUGUAAAGAAAUCAUUCUUGUGUAGAAAUAAUCAGAAAUGAAGGUGAAAAUUUCUGAUGUAUGAGCUGAUGUUUGGUGCCCCAGAGACUUAAAAAAAAUUUAAAAAAAUCUUGAAAGGUUUAUAUGUGGAAUUUAAAUUAGAAUUCCAUUAAUAAAUCUUUAAUAUUAUCGUAUUGAUCAAAGUAGAGAAAAAUGAGGGAUAGUGCGCAAAUGAAGGAAUUGGAAACAAUGAACGGUCUGUCACGUGUCUUCAGACUACGAAAGCCUGCAGAUGGAAACGAGAGAGCUUUCCGAAAUCCUUUGUUACAUAAACGUGACAGCGUAGCAGUCCUUCCAUAUGAAACUAUCGAAAGUGAAUCGCACACAGAUUUAUAAAUAUGGGAUAUAAAGAGCAGUAAAUAUUUUCGUUGAAUCUGACGUUCCAGUUUUGAAAAAAGAUUCUAUUUGUAAUAUUGUCUAUAACCUAUCUAUAUAAUAGAGAAAAUAACAUUUUAUGUCGCUUGUGAGAUUGGAAAAUGUACGAUGUAUCAAAGUGUGUAUUAAAUGUUAUGCACUUGAAAACUUCA